GUGCUGGAGUUGUCGCAUCCAGUUGCGUUUAUAGGCUAGCUAGUAACCGGCUGUUUGCACUUCAGAGAGCACAACAACUAGGGACAGUAUGCCUCCUAAAGUAGCCUAGCUACUGGUUUUAUGGAUUAUUUAGGAUAUCGAUUUGUAUAAGUAAGUCUAUAAUGGUUUCUAUCACGGUAAAUGACCUCACUCAACUUAAUAACGGCGCGAUGCAACUCCCUCGUUUCAUGACGUUUGUUCUGGUCAUUUCUUGUCAGUUGUACCGGGCAGUCGCGGGUCCGGGCGCUGGGUUGAAGACGUGGGAGAGGUUUAGUAAAUUGGACUAUCCCGGCGACAAGGCUUUCCUCUACGACACCUUUCCUGACAACUUCAUGUGGGCGGUUGGAACGGCAGCUUACCAGGUGGAGGGUGCGUUUGAGAAAGACGGGAAGGGCCUGUCCAUUUGGGACACAUUUACGCGCGGCGGGAACCGGAUAGCUACCGGGGACGUUGGCAGCGACAGCUACCAUAACACCCAAAGCGACGUCCGCGCGCUCAAACAGCUCGGGGUCAGUCACUACCGCUUCUCGCUCUCGUGGUCGCGGAUAUUUCCAAAUGGCAGCCGCGGUAGCUACAACGAGAUCGGUACCAACUACUACCGGACGCUAAUUCGGAAACUGAAGGAGAUCAACGUGCAGCCGGUAAUUACGCUAUAUCACUGGGACUUACCUGACAACCUGCAGAGAACCUUCGGCGGGUGGAGCGACCCAGCGCUCGUGGAGCUUUUCCGUGAUUAUGCAGAUUUCUGUUUCCAAACAUUCGGUGAUGAUGUGAAGUAUUGGAUAACGAUAGACAACCCGUUCCUGGUGGCGUGGAACGGGUACGGUACUGGGAAGGUGGCUCCGGGGAUCAAGAAUGACCCGGACCUGCCAUUUAGAGUGGGACACAACCUCCUCAAGGCCCAUGCUGCAGCGUGGCACCUCUACGACCGCCACUACCGGCGCCAGCAGCAGGGGAAAGUUUCAAUGGCGCUGGCCUCCCAUUGGAUCAAGCCCAGCAGGACACGACGUGAGAGCCUGCAGGCGUGUCAGUGGUCCUUGGACUUUGUGUUGGGUUGGUUCGCCAGACCCCUCUUCAUUGAUGGAGACUACCCCCCCAGCAUGAAGCACAACCUGUCCCACCGCCUGCCCUCCUUCACACAGGCACAGAGGGAUGAGGUGAGGGGGACUGCAGACUUCUUUGCUCUGUCCCACGGUCCUUCUCUGAGCUACCAGCUGAUUGACGUCAGUCUCAAAUUUGGCCAGAUUGAAGUUCUGGACCUGAGGAUGCUGCUAUACUGGAUCAGAGCAGAGUACGACAACCCACCCAUCUACAUAGUAGAGAGUGGCUGGUUUGUCCAGGGAGACAUCAAGACAGAGGACUCUAAGAACAUGUACUACCUCAAGAGGUUCAUUAUGGAGACACUGAAAUCGAUCAAGUACGAUGGGGUGAAUGUGAUUGGCUACACCCACUGGUCCCUGCUGGACGGAUUCGAAUGGCACAGAGAGUACGAUAUACGCAGAGGCCUCUACUACGUCGACUUCAACACACACAACCUCAAGAGGAGGCCCAAGACCUCCGCCAACUUCUACAAGAAGUUGAUCCAGAAGAAUGGUUUCCCCCAGCUGCCUGAGAACAGACCAGCUCAGGGAGUUUUCCCCUGUGACUUCGCCUGGGGGGUGUCUGCCAACUCCAUACAGGUGGAGACCACCCCCACCCAGUUUGUAGAUCCCAAUGUGUACGUGUGGAACAUCACGGGUAACGGGGAGCUGAGGAGAUUAGACGGGUUCCAGGCCCCGCCGCUCCGCAGGGCACAGCACUGCGCCGACUACGCCACCAUCCGCCAGCAGGUGGAAGAGAUUCGUCGUGUGGGAGUCAACCACUUCCACUUCUCUCUCAACUGGUCCUCCCUGGUGCCCAGCGGUAACGUGACCCAGCCCAACACCACCUUACUAGGGUACUACCGCUGCUUUACGAGCCAGCUGCACCAGGCUAACAUCACGUCCAUGGUCACCCUGUGGCAUCACACACGCCAGCGCUCCAGCCUGCCAGCCCCGAUGGAGGCAGCGGGAGGUUGGUUCAACAGGGACACAGUGGUGGCGUUUGCGGACUACGCUAGGCUGUGCUACAGAGAGCUGGGGCCCCAUGUGAAGAUGUGGAUCACCUUGAACGAGCCCAACGAUGAAGACGACGUGUCGCCGAUGGAGGGCCACCAGCUGCUGAGGGCACACGCCCUGGCGUGGCGCGCCUACGACCAGGAGUACAGACACACACAGGGGGGACAGGUUUCCUUGGCUCUGCACAUGGACUGGGUGGAACCGGCAUUCUCCUUCAGCCGCGAGGACGUGGAACCAGCCAACAGGGUUCUAGACUGUCGUGUGGGCUGGUUCUCAGAACCCAUCUUUGGCGGUGGAGAUUACCCGCCUCGCAUGAGGAACUGGUUCCACCAGAGACACUCCUUGGACCUGUUCCAUUACCACCUGCCAUUGUUCAGUGAGGAGGACAGACAGCUGGUGAGGGGGACGUACGACUUCUUCGCCAUCAGUCAUUUCAGCACUCAGCUAGUGACCCCCACCAUUGAAGAAAACAAACUGCCCUCCAGGUUGGGGGUGCAGUACAUGGGAGACAUCACCUGGAUCAGGUCCCCUCGGCCCAACGCCCCCGUAGUGCCCUGGGGCCUCAGGAAGGCCCUCAACUGGGUGGAGGAGCGCUACAGGGGCGUGGCAGUCUACGUGGUAGCCAAUGGGGUGCAGGAAGACCCGGCCCGCUUCGACGACAGUCUGAGAGUCUACUACCUGUACAGCUACAUCAACGAAGCUCUCAAAGCCUACAUCCUAGACGGGGUGAAUCUGAAGGGUUACUUCGCCUACUCCCUGAACGACCAGAGAGACCCAGGCUUCGGGAUGUACGGCCAUGUCCAGGAUGAGGAAAUACUCAAGGCCUCUCUGUCCCAGUACCAGAACAUUAUCCGGCACAACGGCUUCCCUCUCCAAGGGACCCCUACCUCGGCCCUGCAGUGCCCCAGUCAGCCUCUAACCUGCCCGGGGUGUCUGGUCCUGACCAAGAGGCCUGUGGUGGGCUUCCUGUCUCUGGUGGGGUCAGCGGUUCUGGUUACCCUUGGGCUGAUUAUAUACUACGCUGCCAAGAGACACAAAAGAGGCACAAAUGGCACCAUAUUCUCUAAAAUAUAGGGCCCUGGUCAAAAGUAGUGUACUAUAUAGGGCCCUGGUCUAAAGUAGUACACUAUAUAUAGGGAAUAGGGUGCCAUAGGGCCCUGGUCUAAAGUAGUGUACUAUAUAGGGCCCUGGUCAAAAGUAGUACACUAUAUAGGGUCCUGGUCUAAAGUAGUACACUAUAUAUAGGGAAUAGGGUUCCAUAGGGCUCUGGUCUAAAGUAGUGCACUAUAUAUAGGGAAUAGGGUUCCAUAGGGCUCUGGUCUAAAGUAGUGCACUAUAUAUAGGGAAUAGGGUUCUAUAGGGCUCUGGUCUAAAGUAGUGCACUAUAUAGGGAAUAGGGUUCCAUAGGGCUCUGGUCUAAAGUAAUGCACUAUAUAGGGACUAGGGUGCCAUAGGGCUCUGGUCUAAAGUAGUGCACUAUAUAGGGCUCUGGUCUAAAGUAGUGCAAUAUAAUAGAGAAUAGGGUGCCAUUUGGGAUCACGUGGUGAUGAUGAUGAAGAUGAUGAAGAAGCGUCAGUUACAGGUAGUCCUCCAGGUUCAAGUCACGUGACCUUAACCCUUCAAUGUCUGCCGAUCUGAAGGAAUCAGGAAAAAGGGUAGAAGCAGAAUAUCCACUACGUAUAUACACUGCUCAAAAAAAUAAAGGGAACACUUAAACAACACAAUGUAACU